CACACCCUCUCCAGGUUCUUCCUCUUAAGAUAAGUAUGGUGGGCGAAGCGCGCCUGUCCAUUUUUAGGUUACAUUAAGUGACUUCUAAAGCUACACACAAGUUUAUAAGGUUGACCAAAAUUUCAUGGAAGACACAGAACUGCAACUUUCAGACGACCCCAUCACUGGAAUGCUGGACACUGAGUCCCCUGCCAUGGAGAGCAACGGGGAUGCCUUUCUUCCUGACCUGCCUGUUAUAGGCCAAACUGCCGACUGGUCCCCUGACCAGGUUACUCCAGAACCACUCGCCAAUAUCUUGCCAGAGGACUCGGACGUGUCCCAGGAUGUGUCCCAGAUGCAACAGCAGUCACCAGACCAGCAGAUGAAUUCCCCAGAGCUGGGAUCUGUGGAGAAGGCUGUGGAGCAGUUUCAGAUUGCCAGUGCUCAGCUCUUCCAAGUUGAGCAGCCACCACCUCCACCUCAGCCUGCAGAAAUGGAAGAACAGCCAGAACAGCCAGCAGAACACAAACCAGAGUCUGGAGAAUCUGAGCAAGACGGCCAUGAGAUGACCAUAGAGCCAGAACCUGUGGUUCAGGAUAGCAGUCAAGAUGGGACUGAGGCCCCGCAGGUGACAGAGGAUGGCAUGGAGCUGGAAGAACCACUCAAAGAGACAACGGAAGAAUCAACUGUUCCUGAGCCAGAGCUGCCAAGUGAGUUUGAAAAACUCUUCAAAGGAUGCGAGGACAACCCAGAAGACUUCAAUGGCUGGGUCUACUUGCUGCAGUUUGUGGAGCAAGAGAAUGCCCUUCCAGCUGUGAGAAGUGCAUUUGAUGCGUUCUUCCUACGUUAUCCCUACUGCUAUGGCUACUGGAAGAAGUAUGCUGAUAUUGAGAAAAAGCACGAGAAUAUACAGAUUGCAGAAGAGGUAUACAGAAGAGGCUUGCAGGCCAUCCCUCUCAGUGUGGAUCUGUGGCUGCAUUACCUGACCUACAUCAAAGAGAACUCAGACCUGAGUGAUCCAGAGACCGAGGGACGCAUUAGAGCUGCCUAUGAACAUGCAGUGCUUGCAGCAGGCACAGACUUUCGCUCAGACCGUCUGUGGGAGUCCUUCAUCAACUGGGAGACAGAGCAGGAGAAACUGGCUAACGUCACCGCCAUCUAUGACCGCGUCUUGGGCAUCCCAACCCAGCUGUAUUCCCAGCACUUCCAGAGGUUCAAAGAUCACGUGCAGGACAACAACCCCAAACACUACUUGUCAGAAGAGGAGUUUGUUCAGCUGAGGCUCGAGCUCUCUAAAGCCAGCCUGUUGGCGAUGAUUGGCGAGGUUGAGGAGACGCCUAUUGCUCAGGAGGAGUUGCCACCUGGUACAGAUGAUCUUGUGGAUCCUGCAAAGAGAGUGACCGAGAUCGAGAAUAUGCGCCACAAGGUGAUCGAGAUUCGGCAGGAGGUGUUCAACCACAACGAACAUGAAGUCAGCAAGCGCUGGACCUUUGAAGAAGGGAUUAAAAGACCAUACUUCCACGUCAAAGCCUUAGAGAAGACCCAGCUGAACAACUGGAAGGAGUACCUGGACUUUGAAAUUGAGAAUGGGAUCCCUGAGCGCGUGGUUGUUCUUUUUGAACGAUGCCUCAUCGCUUGUGCACUCUACGAGGACUUCUGGACCAAGUAUGCAAAAUAUCUAGAGGGCUACAGCAUUGAUGGUGUGAGACAUGUCUACAAGAAGGCGUCUACCAUCCAUAUGCCCAAGAAACCUGCCAUCCAUCUGCUGUGGGCUGCUUUUGAGGAGCAGCAAGGUAAUGUAGAGGAGGCUCGUAGCGUCCUGAAGUCCCUGGAGGAAGCGGUCCCGGGUCUGGCCAUGGUGCGCCUUCGGAGGGUCAGUCUUGAGCGCCGCCACGGUAACUUGGAGGAGGCGGAGGCCCUGUUGAGGGAGGCCAUGGAGUCCGCGAAGAAUGUCACCGAGACAUCGUUCUAUGCUGUGAAGCUGGCCAGGCAGAUGAUGAAGGUGCAGAGAAGUCUGAGCAAGGCCAGGAAAGUGCUGCUGGAUGCCAUCGAGAAAGACCAGACGAGUCCAAAGCUCUUUCUUAACCUGCUCGAGCUGGAGUACAGCGGGGAUGUGCUGCAGAACGAGGCUGAGAUCUUGGCUUGUUUCGACCGAGCCCUGAAGAGCCAGAUGCCCCUUGAGUCCCGCCUCGUCUUCUGCCAGCGCAAGGUUGAGUUCCUCGAGGACUUUGGCAGCGACAUCAAUGUGCUUGUGGCCGCAUAUGAGGAAUACCAGAAGCUACAGAAAGAAAGCGAACCCUCAAAGAGGAAGGCCGAGAACGGGUAUGACAGCUCUCAGGAGCCUGAUUCCAAGAGACAGCGUGUGGAGGACGGUUCCUCGGGUGAUGUCAACGCAGCGACCGACGCUCAGGCAAACAACUCUGCAUACAACAACUGGUACCAGCAGCAGUACGGUGGUUGGGGACAAAACUCCUGGGGACAGUACAACCAAUAUGCCCAGUAUAACCAGUACUACCCCCCUCCCCCUACAUGAUGGACUAAAUCCUGACAUUUAAGAUGGAGACUCGGAGGAAAGCAUCCUUUCUGCCCUGACUACACGUCUAAACGGGGCUACUUAACAUGGUGACAUGGAGCUUUCAAACCAACCACUGAAGCUGAUUUGUUCCUUCUUUCUGCUUUAAAGUGUGCUUUUAAUUAGUUACACUGUGUAGCCAAUUGGUUGGAAUACAACACACAGGCCUCUGUGACAGUCAUCUUGAUCAGUCAUGUUUAAUAAAAGAAAACAAAUGCAUUGAUUGCUACAUUCAUCUCCAACACUGGUUGCUUUUUUGGUUCUUCAAUGCAUGUUAUUUGUGAAGGAAGGCGGAUCUAUUUUUUCUUGUGUGAUUAAAGCUUUUUAAUUCUUAGAUUGGAUGACUUAGUUUGGUCUCUUUCUUUGUGUUUUAAGGUUUAAACUGGUAAAGGAGAUAUUCAUUGAUGUACUUCUGAGUCGUGUACACCCCCCCCCCCCAAAACUGAAAGAUUUUUAAUGUCAUGGUAAUGUUUCCAUAAAGAAAAUGAAGAGUUCCUCCUUUUUUAUUUUGUCUUGAUUUCAUAAUAAAGAGAUUGAUAUCCUGAA